AUGUCGAAUGAUUCCAUCCUUAUUCUAGCAGUUUGUUUUCAGCCGUCAGCCGAUACGGUUCGAAAGUAAGGUGAAAUUUGUAUUUCCUUCGUGUUGGUCGCUCUCAAGUUCUCGAGCAAAAUCUUUUAAUCGGAUUAAAGCCUACGCUGUGUGCGUGUGUGGAAAAAAUGUUGAAUAAAAACAUCCAUCUGCUGAUAGUGUUCAUUUUGUUCGUAGCCGGGGUUAGCCCUUCAUUUAUUAACCCGUAUAGACGAUUUUUCACCGGCGCUAAACGACUCCAGAAAAAUCAACUCGACAGCGAUAAUGGAGAUCCACUAAUAUUAACACCAUACUUGGAAGCCGGAAAAAUUAAGGAAGCACAAACGGCAGCACGAGUAAACCAUUCCCGAAUCGUGGGCAUUGAGAGCUACAGUGGAUUUUUCACUGUUGACAAGAAGUUCAAUUCGAACAUGUUUUUCUGGUACUUUCCAGUGGAGAAUGUAUCGAUCGCAAACGCCCCCGUUCUACUUUGGCUUCAGGGAGGCCCAGGAGCUACCUCUUUAUUUGGUUUAUUCGAGGAAAACGGGCCGUUCUUCAUUGCUAAAUCUCUCAAAGCAAUCCCGCGCAAAUAUUCAUGGCAUAAGACUCACCAUUUAAUUUACAUUGAUAAUCCGGUUGGAACUGGAUUUAGUUUCACCGAUAGCGACGAAGGUUACUCCCGGAACGAAACUCACGUCGGAAAGAAUUUAUAUCAUGCAUUGGUGCAAUUCUUCCAGCUGUUUCCUGAGCUUCAGAAAAACCCAUUCUACGUUAGUGGAGAAUCAUACGCAGGGAAAUACAUUCCGGCGAUUGGUGCCACAAUCCACAAUGAAAAUCCAUCCGCCACGGUAAAAAUCAACUUACAAGGGUUAGCUAUUGGCAACGGCUACAGCGAUCCUUUGAAUCAGCUCGAUUACGGCGACUAUCUGUUCCAGCUUGGACUGAUAGACGCGAACGCCAAAGCGCGUUUCGAUGCGGAUGAAGCCGCGGCAGUGGAAUGCGUGAAGAAAAACGACUACAAAUGUGCUUUCCAAAUUAUGGACGACCUAAUGGACGGGGACGAGAAUCAUGCCUCAUUCUUCAGAAACAUUUCCGGAUUUGAUACUUACUACAACUAUCUGCACACCGGCGAAGAUCCCUCUGACGAGUUAUAUUUGCUAAAUUUUUUAAUGCUGCCAGAAACUCGAAAAGCGAUCCACGUUGGUGAUUUACCUUUUCAUGAUCUCGACACCGAGAAUAAAGUGGAAAAAUUCCUCCAGCAUGAUAUUCUAGACUCAGUAGCCCCGUGGAUUAUUGAGCUGCUUGCCAAAUACCGGAUGCUUAUCUAUAACGGUCAGCUGGACAUAAUUUGUUCCUAUCCGAUGAUGGUGAACUAUCUGAAAAACCUUCCUUUCAACGGAGCCGACGAGUACAAAUCGGCCAAGCGAUACAUUUUCGGCGUAGAUGGUGAAAUUGCCGGAUAUUUCAAACUGGUUAACAACCUACUGGAGGUGCUUAUCCGUGAUGCGGGUCACAUGGUCCCCAGAGACCAACCCAAGUGGGCGUAUGUGAUGAUCAACGCGUUUACCACUUCCAAAUCGCUGUCCCAGUUAGAUGAUUGAUUUAAAUUUUAACUCCACUAGUUUCAGAUACUCCGAUAAAUAUUUUGAAAAUCAGCCUGUCAAUUUAUUAUUAUCAUCACCCUGGAUAACAAGUCUCCCGAGUCAGCUCGCACCCAAGUGGUUUAAAAGUACUAACUUCGAAAAAAACAUCUCACAAUAAAGUCUGUUUAAAAUCUAA